UCUACGGCCACGAGCUCUCUUGACGAAUACGAGGCCAACUCUCCUGGCGCUGGUUCAUCCUACGCCUGCUCCUCGGUACUUGGCGACAUCAUCAGACCGAAUUCCAAAUCCGCCAGGAGAAGGGCCGAGACCGUCGCUCCGUUGGGAGGCCCAAGUCCCACGGUUUCUUCGAGUCCCGAUAGUGUGCUAACGCCAGCCAUGAUUGAGCGUGUGCGCUGUCGCUUCGAGCGCCGAAUCUACGGCUACAAGAUUGCCGAGGCUCGACGUCGUCUGAGAGCCCAAAGUCUGGCUGGCCGAGCCCGAAACGGUCAGUCGUCGAGAGGGGCGUCGGACAAUCCGGCGUCGGGCGGCAACGUCAACUCGAGCCCGGGCUUCGGGGUCGAACUGUCGACCCGACGGAUCGGUUUUCUGGCUGGCCGAGCCCGAAACGGUCAGUCGUCGAGAGGGGCUUCGGACAAUCCGGCGUCGGGCGGCAACGUAAACUCGGGCCUGGGCUUCGGGGUCGAACUGUCGACCCGACGGAUCGGUUUGUCCGCCAGCCCCGGCCAGUUGUGGCAGGACGAGUAUGAACUGUUGGCUGUGUUUGUCGUGAAUCACGGCAACGUCGAGGCCUGGCAUGUGUACGCUCCGAUGCCCGGCGAUGAGCAGAAGUACGGACUCGGAGGGCCGACUGCUCUGACGAUGCGAACUGGCUACAAUGAACAGGCCCAACGGGUGAGUGUAUCGCAGUUGCUCUUCCUGAAGAUUUGA